AUGAAGAGUUGUGAUGAAUGGAAACCUGUUAUCAUAAUGGUAGCGGUUGAGUUCGCCUUUGCGGUUGUGAACAUAUUUCUCAAGAAAGUGGUUGAUAAGGGAAUGAACCAUUUGGUCUUCAUCACGUACCGGCAGUCAGUUUCUACCAUCUUUUUAGCCCCAAUUGGCUACAUAUUUGAAAGGAAUAAACGACCCAAGCUCACACUUCGCAUCUUAUGUUAUCUGUUCUUGAGUGCAAUUGUGGGGGCGUCCCUAACGCAGUACUUCUUCCUUCUUGGAAUUCAAUACACAUCUGCUACUUUCUCCUGUGCCUUCAUCAACAUGGUGCCAGUGCUCACAUUUAUAAUGGCAUUACCAUUCGGGUUAGAGACUGUGAAUGUAAAAAGCAGAGGAGGAAAAGCCAAAGUGGUUGGUACUCUAGUAUGUCUUGGAGGUGCCAUGUUAUUGACUCUUUACAAAGGAAUGCCUUUAUUUAAACAUUCACACCCACAAGCUGCAAAUCAGACCAUGCAUCAAGCUGCUGCUGCUGCUGCUAUUACGUCCAUGAGCUCAUCAUCUAAAAGCCGGAAAGAGAGAUGGACCAUUGGUUCGAUAGCCUUGAUGGCCGGAACUCUUUUGUGGUCUUCCUGGUUCCCUCUUCAAUCAUAUAUAGGCAAAAGAUAUCCAUGCCAGUAUUCCAGUACUGCUUUAAUGACCUUCUUUGCCGCCAUUCAAUCUGCUGUCUUAAGUUUGUCCAUUGACAGAAACCUUUCUGUAUGGGUGCUAAAAGGAAACAUAGAAAUCGUAACUGUCAUCUAUGCUGGGAUGGUAGGAUCAGGUUUGUGCUAUGUGGGGAUGUCGUGGUGUGUCAAGCAAAGGGGUCCUGUCUUCACUGCGGCAUUCAGUCCCCUUGUUCAGAUAAUGGCAGCCAUGUUUGAUAUUCCCAUCCUACACGAGCAACUGCAUAUUGGGAGCUUGUUAGGAUCUGUCACUGUAAUUGCCGGAUUGUACAUUCUUCUUUGGGGAAAGAGCAGAGAAAUUCAAAACUGUGUGACAGGAGUAGACAAAGAAACUGAAGAGUGCAAGGAUCAAGAGGCACAGUCAUAA